AUGGCUAGAUCCGCUGCCGAUACCAUGGCCAAAGGAUCAUUUCUUCUCUUUCUCUUGACUAUCAUGACUUCCGUGAAAUCAACACAUGCAUUUAAUGGGUUUGAAAUUCUUCCAAGAAGCGAUUCAUGUCCCAGUUCAUACGACUCGUGUGGAGGGAACGUCCCCUCGGACUUUUGUUGUCCGUCAUCCUCAACCUGCCUCGUUCUCGACAACGACACUACAGUCCUCUGCUGCCCAUCCGGAAGUAGUUGUGACUACAUAUCACCUAUCACUUGCGAUAUCCAAGAGCAGAACGCCACUACUCACCCAAAAGCCUCCGUCAAGACAACACUGCUCGAUGAGAGUCUCCCGACAUGUGGCAAGUUAUGCUGCCCAUUCGGAUAUACUUGUGAGAAUGACAGCCUUUGCCACAUGACAAACUCAACAACCGAAAGUACAACUACAACUACAACUUCAAGUACCACAACUUCAAAAACAUCAACCUCAACAGCCUCAUCAACCACCGAUCUCUCGGCCUAUGGUGCAACCUUCACACCAGUCUCCUCGUCCAUCUCUUCAACAUCGCUAAACGCCGACUCAACCUCUUCUUCCAACUCAACCAUCACCACUUGUCCCUCCUUCCCAAGCAAAGCAGUAAUAGCAGGCUUCUUCCCAGGAGCCCUAUUCGGCGCAAUCGCUGCACUUCUGAUAUCAACGUGCGUCCGCCACCGCGCGGACAAGAAACAACUAGCGAAAAUAAACCAAGACACCAAAGCAACAGCACACAACUGGUCCAGCCGAUCUUCCUCAGGCGCCGUUCUCGGAAUCUCAAGCCCCAUAGCCUCAGAGGAUGCAUCCUACCGCACAGACUUCCUCCUCCGGAACCCAACCGACAAGCGCUCAUCGAUGAGUUCCCGGUCCAUGCGUUCUAUGCUAAACCGUUCUGGCUCUCGGGUUCGCAGUCUGUUUUCGACUGGUGUACCUGGACUAGACAAAGACGUGCCUCCACUUCCUACCGCAUCGGAGCUUCCUGUGCAAACGAAUCCUGUGACACCGCCUAGACAGCGUGAGCCUAGUACCGAGAGUAUCAAGGUGUAUUCGCCACCUGCGGUGUUCAUGCAGUCGAGACGGUUUCUAGGGCCGGAGCCGUAUCCAAGCCGUAUUGCGAGGCCGUCGACCACGUUUACAGAUUUGGUGCAGGCUGUUGGGUUCAAUAAUGAGUCGAAGGGGGACCAGUCUUUCAAAGUGCAUGAAGUGAGGAAGAUUACCUGA